CUGCUCACACCGGCGCUCGUCCCUCGAUGAUAAAGCCGAAGACAAACUGUCUGGCGGAGCACGUCCACGCGGAGCUCACCACUGCACGCUUAUCAGUUUGUUUUCUGUUGCUUCCUUUCUUUUUUCAAUCGCUCUGUUACGUAACUGUGUCUCAGCCUCUCGUCGCAGGGCAGGAGAGAGAGAACAGACACGAACCACAAGGAGGGGGGGCUUUAAGAGAGCUGGAACACAGCCGCGUCUGCCAGUUGCGUGUGCGAGCACUCCCGCGGCGGUCGUUCCUCCAGACAAAACGGACCUCCGCUGCGUCUUCUCUCGUUCCAUGGCCUCUCUAUCUUUCUCUCUUUCUUUUGUCUUUUUCUAGGUUUCUCCCUCGUUUCUUCUCUUUCUCUGUUUCUCCUACCCUCUCUUUUUUUGCUCCCCUUCUCUCUAUUUCUCUUCCCGACCCAACCUCCCAUCCAUCUAUCUCUCCAUCCACAUCCCUUUCGGUCGAGCGAGAAGGACCUCCCUGGCCUCCCCGCCCCAGCCUCCUGUGAUGCGGAGGAGUGAGGUCUUGGCUUCGUCCCGACACCCUUCCGUGGCAGAGCUGAGGCCGCCCACUCUCCAUGUCUUCGAUGCAAACGACGGAGACUUAACGAAGCACCAGGAGGAGUUUCUCAGUGUGACUUGAAGGCAUUCUGUUGACGGAAAAUCGAGUUCCCAAGGGCGUUCAUAUUUUAGGAAAGAUAUAAUCCUGGUUUGGCGUCAAUUGUUUUUUUCGUCGAUAGUAUAAGCCGCUGCAACAGUCGCCAUGAAGCAGAUAGCCUCAGGUAAAAAGACCCUAACCCUCCUGAUCCUGAUUCUCUUGACGGCGCUGACGGAGGGGAAACCCGGACGGGCAGACAGCAAUAAGCCUCAACGUUUAUCCAUACCUUGCAUCAUGCCCAAGAUGGACUGCGAUCCGCAUCAAGUUCCAAAAUUUUUCGACGAUGACGAUAAGAUAAUUGGCGGGAAGGUGACAGAACCAGGUACCACGCCCUGGCUGGUAUCGCUCAAGGACAGCCACUACGACGACCCCGUCCACUUCUGCGGCGGGACGGUCCUCAGCCACGCGUGGGUCCUCACCUCCGCCUCCUGCGUCGCCGGCUACAGCUACCCUUACACGUACCUUCAGGUCGUGGCGGGGGAGUACGACCUGGACGAGGUGGAGGGCUGGGAGCAGAUCAAGAAGGUCACGCGCAAGGAGGUCCACCCCGAGUACGACUUCGUGACCCAGAACAACGACGUGGCGCUCCUGAGGGUGUUCCCUUGGUUCCUGUACAACGAGAGGGUCGCGCCCUUGCCUCUGCCGCCGCCGAUGCACCAGUCGGGGCAUCCCCACUUCGCCUUCACGCACGACAAUGAAAUGGGCCUCAUCGCUGGCUGGGGACGCACGGCAGAAGUGAGUGAGAUCUCCCACCUGGUGCUGAUGGCCUACGCGCCCAUUCUCUCGACCGAAGACUGCAUCGGGGCGUAUGGGGAAGCCAUCACGGACUCCAUGAUGUGCGCGGGAAACCUCACCCACGGAGGUCUCGACCCCUGCCAGGGCGACUGGGGCGGCGGACUCAAGACCCGCGAAGGAUACCUGUUGGGCGUGUCCUCCUGGGGCACCGGGUGCGGGCGUCCCGGCUUGCCUGCUGUGUAUACCAAUGUGCAGAGAGUACGGAGCUGGAUCUGCAGUGAAGUCACGUGUGCUACCUGCGAGUUCAGUGAUGAGGCGAAGAGGAUUUGUAAUGAUUAGUUAUAAUAAAGUUUUGUGAUUGGUAAA